UCGCUUGUUGUUUUGAUUGUGAUGGUGUUCCUUUUGAGUGCCAAAAUGCGUGAUGUGCUAAUGACAAAACCAUUUGCACUUCCGUUCAACGAAAUUGGUGAUCCGAGUCGUUUGAUUCAGCUUUGUGAUGAUAUUUUCUGUGCUCGAAGCGCAGGUCUAUUCGAUCUGGAACAUGAUCUGUUCGGAAAAUUGGUGUACAUAUUGCGUUCUUCUGAAGCGCUUAUUCACUACACUGUCUACAGUAUGAAAAGUUUACGAUGA